AUGAUCGUCGACCAAUGCUUUGCCUCUGGCCUGGUUUGUUCCCAGUGCGCUGCUCGUGGCCGGCUGCGGGCGGUGGGAGGCCAAGCGUCACACCAAGUGCCGAAUGCCGGAUUGCCAGAAUUUGUGCUGGUGACGAGACGAGUAGCUUCUCGCACAGUGCCCUCCACUUCGUCGUCCACACCUGUUGGCCAUCGUUACACGCCUCACACGGCCUUGCAAGGCCAAACUUGCUGCGUAGCGGCCCAGUGCCCUGAUAGCCAACCCCCUUGCGGCUGCGUCCUGCUCUCCGUUUGCCGUGCGACUGGUGCGUGCUGUGGCACACAUCCCCACUUCCUGUGUUCGACCCUGCCGCCCCUGCCGUUGGGGGCCCAAAGCGGCUUCUGGUCUGAUAGGCUCGCAACCCCUUGCCUCAAGGCAGUGUGCUCUGACUGCAGCUUCCUUCACACUGACGGGGACGUUGACUUGGAAAUCAAGAUCAGGGACAGCCGCACCUUGCGCUGCAACACAAUCGGCGGCUCCUCAUGA